AUGGUUGCUCUGAAUCCAAUGACUGUGGGAAUUUACCUUCAGCUUUUCUUCCGCUUUAUCGUGUCUCAGCCUACUUUCGUCAACAGCGUCCUCCCAAUUUCAGCAGCCCUUCCUGACCUGGAUCAGAGGAGGCGGAGCAACCACAGAUCAUGCUGCCUGCUGACCCCGCCUCCGCCCCCGCUGUUCCCACCUCCGUUCUUCAGAGGGGGCCGAAGUCCGCUUCUUUCCCCAGACAUGAAGAACCUCAUGCUUGAACUGGAGACCACGCAGUCCCCAUGUGUGCAAGGAUUGCUCGGCUCCCCUGGGCCUCCUGGCCUCCAGGGUCCACCGGGGCUUCCUGGCAAGACAGGACCAAAGGGAGAAAAGGGGGAGCUUGGCCGACCAGGAAGGAAGGGUAGACCUGGCCCCCCAGGUGUUCCGGGCAUGCCUGGGCCCAUCGGCUGGCCAGGCCCUGAAGGACCCAGGGGUGAAAAAGGUGACCUGGGUAUGAUGGGCUUGCCAGGGUCAAGAGGACCAAUGGGCUCCAAGGGCUACCCUGGAUCCAGAGGGGAAAAGGGAUCCAGAGGUGAAAGGGGUGACUUGGGUCCCAAAGGAGAAAAGGGUUUCCCAGGAUUUCCUGGAAUGUUGGGACAGAAAGGUGAAAUGGGUCCAAAGGGUGAACCUGGGAUAGCAGGACACCGGGGCCCCACAGGAAGACCAGGAAAAAGAGGCAAGCAGGGCCAGAAGGGAGAUAGUGGAGUUACGGGCCCUCCAGGCAAGCCUGGACCUUCUGGUCCACCUGGCCCUCCAGGCCCCCCAGGACCUCCGGGCCCUCCAGCCACAGGACAACUUAUAAUGGGACCCAAAGGGGAAAGAGGAUUCCCCGGGCCUCCAGGAAGAUGUCUGUGUGGACCCCCCAUGAAUGUGAAUAACCCUUCCUACGGGGAAUCCGUGUAUGGGCCCAGUUCCCGGCGAGUUCCUGUGAUUUUUGUGGUCAACAAUCAGGAGGAGCUUGAGAGGCUGAACACCCAAAAUGCCAUUGCCUUCCGCAGAGACCAGAGAUCUCUGUACUUCAAGGACAGCCUUGGCUGGCUCCCCAUCCAGUUGACCCCUUUCUACCCUGUGGAUUACACUGUAGACCACCGUGGCACCUGUGGGGACGGGGUCCUGCAGCCUGGGGAGGAGUGUGACGACGGUAACGACGAUAUGGGCGACGCCUGCAUCAGCUGUCACCGGGCCUACUGUGGAGACGGUCACCGGCAUGAGGGCGUGGAGGACUGUGACGGAUCUGACUUUGGCUACCUGACCUGCGAGACCUAUCUCCCCGGGUCAUAUGGAGACCUGCGGUGCACCCCAUACUGCUACAUCGACUCCACACCCUGUCGCUAUUUCACAUGAGGGAUGCAAGGAGAAGGUGGGCUGCAUCCCACAGAACAGCAGCAGCUUCUCCACCUCAUCGAACCGACCUCGCACUGUCCCGGUCCAGUUUCCACCAACCUUUGUGCGACAAAAACAAAGACAACUCUUGCUGCUAAGAUGUGCUUUUAACUCAGUCUGACUGGAAGAACCCAGGACCACUGCAUCCUGUCUUAAUCCAAAGUACUGGAAAACCUUCUACAUGCCCAACCUGGCAAAGUUCCCCAUAGCUACCAACUGGCCAAAGAGCUGGCUAGAAAGCCCUCCCUCUUCCAGAAUGUCGCUGACCCCGGCCGUGGCCUUGGCUUAGCACUGUUAGACUCACAUGGCCCUGCGGGGCUGUUUUAGUUAGUUCUCAUCUUGUUGGGGGUCUGGUGUGAGGCCUCUCUGCCCUCUGACCUCUGGAAACGCUGGCAUUCUCCCCCAGGGCAGCCCACCCUCAGACCUCCUGAGGCCAGAGAACAACAAAGCAGGGAAUGGACAGACUCCUUCCGUGUGGCUCACAGCUCCGGACCUGCUGAGGGACCCUCAGUUGGCCACCGCCCAGCACAGCCUCAUGUGGACAUUGCACCCUCAGGAGGACACUCAACUGUGAAAAAGUACUGAGAAGGCCACCAAACCCACACUCACCCCCAGGCAGAGGGUGGGGGCUCAGGCUGGGCCACUGGCCAUAGAGACAAUGGCAGAGCUGUAGCGUUCCUCUGCUGGAUGUUUCCCAAAGGGGCAGCUCGUGGUUUUACCACCCCUGGCACCAUCUUGACCUUGUGACCUCAUUUUGACCUCUGCCUUGUGAAUGCCCCUCGUGUCCAUUUCCUGUUGAGAAGAUUUUUAGCAGAGUGCGGCCUCCCCGAGCCUACGUCCGUUUCCUAAUCUAGGGCCCUUGCUGAGUAUGCAAAGCAGGCAGAGACUGUUUCUGUCCUGAGCACCAUCUCUUGCUUCCUGCUGACUCUUCUGAGUGACUGUGGCCUCCCUUUGUGUCUUCGCCUUCCAUAGCCUUGUCCUUAUGUCUGAGUGCCCAAGCUCCUCACUUUCUAUAGGAUCGUAGUCCUGCCUGUCUAUGAGCUGCCUGCCACCAUCAUCUUUCCCAAGUGGGGCUUAGCUUAGCUUGGGAAAGAUGCCUCCAAGGUGAAGUGUGCCCCACGGCUGUGAUGGGGAUGUGCCUUUUGUUACCAGAUGGAGGGGCACUCUGGGUUUGGUGCAAUGCUAUCUAAUGUGCCUAAGACAGAGUGAGGUCCUGGGGACUCAGCAGGCAGGAGCCUGCAGGCCAUUGUGCUUGUGGUUUGGUCUAUGGGUAGACUGCGUCUUCCCAGAUGGGUGUCAGCCCAAGAGUGGUGUCCCCAGAGGUGGUCACGUUGGCCAGUCCAGUUCCCUGGGCCUUGACUGCACAUUGUGGGAGAUGUUAUUUCUAUGCUGCAAAGCCACCACCACCAUAAUGGGGCCCCGGUGGGAAAUCAAAAAAAUAAAGGCAGUUCAUUUCCCCAUUGUGGCUCUCUCUUCCUUGAGGGGUAGGGACCAGUGUCCCAGCACUGCUGGACAGGGCCAGGGGCUGAAUUCAAGUCUGCUUCCUGGACUCUAAAGAGGGUUCUAGAAUGUGGAAGCAGUCCAGCUCCCUCAGGGACAAGGGAGAAAACUGAAGUCCGGAGGAGUGGCGGCACUUGCCGAAGGUCGCAAAACCUGGUCUUGUUAAUCCACCUCCACCCCAGCCUUGUGUUAGGACCUUGUUUAGGCCUGGAGGGAGUCCCUGGGUGGCAGUUAACAGCUCAAGCCCACCCAGAGGCAUCUUGGAAGAAAGCCCUGGAGAUCUACUACUAAAAAACCAGUCCUUGAAAAUCCUAUGGAGUAGUAUACUCUGACACACGUGGGAUUGCAAUUGCCAUGAGCUGGAGUUGACUCAAUGGCAACUGGUUUGGUUUUGCUUUUCACGACUGGAUAAAGAUGCACUACUGCCCUUGGACCUACGCAGGAGGGCCUCUGUCCUGGGUGCCUUAGAGGGCACCACCCUGCUCUCCUCCGGCCAUGAUCCUCCCCACAGGGCAAGGAGUCUGUGAGGCCAAGGUGACAUGCCCACCUAGAGCUUGCACACUGCCUUCCUAGACCAUGCUCCAGGUACCCAGGACCCCCAAAUCUUUACCCAAUGGCCCUGAUCCCCAUGGCAAUCCUCCUGAGUGUGACCUGUGCUCACCUCUAAGCCCAGAGAAAAGCUGUUGGUAGAGCUGAGCAUGGAGCUUGGAUGCGCAGGCUAGGUUUCUACGUGGGUGCACGAGGCUGAAAAGAGAAGGGAGGUUGGGCUGGGGCUCGGCCCCGCUCUCCUCACACCCCCACAUGCUGCCACAGAACUUUGAGGAAUCUGAAAAUUCCAAAUUCAAGUCUGGUUUUCCAGGUCUUAUUAAAGUGUAUUUGCCAAGGUAAGCAGAUCGAACACAUUUAAAUAGUCUGUUAGUCUGAUUAUAACUGAAAUGUUUAGACAUUUGGUAUGUGAGCUUCCAUCUGACUCUUGUCUCUGGAUCCCCUAAUACUGGGGGUGGGCUUCUCUCCAGCUAUUUCCAGGGAGGAUACUGCAAGGCUCAGGAAAUGAAAGGAUUUAAAGUCAUGUGUUUCAAAAAUACAUGUAAUAAGAGUAAUUCUACCUUUCUGGUAUUUUGAAAGGGAAAGAUGAAUGAGGAGGGAAGAUGGAGGCCUCUGGGUCCUUCCCUGAAAUGCUAACUGUGGUGUAGGGAGCAGGUUCCCCAGGGACAGAGCUGGGUGGGCUGCCCAGGAGCACCUGUAAGUAGGCGAGGCAGACACAGAAUAGGUGGCCAAAAGCUCACCUGUGCCAAGUAAAUGUUUCCUGAGGUCAUUUGCCAGUCCAGUGGGAAGCUGAGGUGCCACAGUGUGGAGGAAUCCCAGGCACCGGGAUUCAUUACUUCUCAUAACCUGCUUCUUUCCUCACCUAAAAGAGACUUGAAACUAGGGUUGAAUUUUCUUUCAACUCUAAUAGCUUGUGUGUGAACUCUGCCCUCCAGCUGUGACAGGCAUACCCUAGGAUGGUGAUAGAUUCCCUCAGCAGCUACUCAGGCCAUCAUGCGGGAGAGGCGGAGAACAGGACAGGGUCUUCAGAGGUGCAGUUGGUCACCAAAGGAAGCUAUGUCAGUCUGAUGCUUUUGUUGGCAAGUAACAUAAAAUCUACUUUGGAUAUAAACCAUAGAGUGGAAUGUAUUGGCACAUAUAACUUAAAAAGUCCAGCGGCAGGAUGAAGAUCAGGCAUGGUUCAAUCAAGGCUCAUACUCCAUUCUUCUUUAUUCUCUAGGCUAUUUGUAUCUCCCUGUCAGUUUACUCCUCAGGCUGGUUGUGCGCUGGCUUCUGCAGCUUUAUGCUCAUAUUUGCAUCCUGCAAUACCCAGAGGACAAGGGAACAACUAUUCUGGUGACUCUCGGGAAACCCCUUUUCCAGAAGCCUGCAGCAAAGCUUGCUUCAAGCCUCCUUGGC